AUGUUUAAAUUCAUUGAAAAGAGCACACUGGCUCAACUAAUCACCGAACAAACUGAUGAAGCUAGAAGUUAUUUACUCAUCGAUUGCAGAGAGCCUCACGAAUUUUCAAGCACUGAACUGCCACACCUUCCCACUGCUCUUAAUAUCCCAUUGAAGUGUAUCACAUCCAAUUUCUCUGAACUGACGUCAACACAAUUUUUAUCCCAGUAUGGACUUGAAAAACCAUGUCACCAUGAUCCCAUCAUUAUUUAUUGUAGAUCAGGGGCUAGAGCACAAAAAGCAGCUCAAGAAAUGAUUGAUCUAGGAUAUGAGAAUGUUUAUGUCUACAAAGGAAGUGCAAAUGAGUGGUGGGGGAAAGUGUAG